AUGAAAACAUCCACAAUGAAUACCCAAACAACCCAAGAACCCCAAUCCCUGGGAUACACCCUCCGCACACACCAACCAGGUGAUAUAGGUUGGAUAACCCACCGACACGCAGUACUAUAUGAAAGAGACUACGGCUGGGGCACAAAAAUGGAAGCGCUAGUAAGCAAAAUCGGCGCAGAAUUCCUCGACAACUACGACGUAUCCACAGACCGGUGCUGGAUCGCCGAGCGCAACGACGAGUUUCUGGGCUGUAUAAUUCUCAUUCGAGACCCAGACCCAGACGUCGUCAACACGGCUAAAUUGCGUCUCCUACUUGUUGAGCCUAGUGCGCGCGGUCUUGGACUUGGUCGUGCUUUGAUCGAGCAAUGUACGCGGUUUGCGCGCGAGACGGGGUAUGCGCGGAUCCGGCUUUGGACGCAGAAUGUUCUUGUGUCGGCUAGGAGGUUGUAUGCGAAGGAGGGGUAUCGGCUUGUUAGUUCCGAGGAACAUGAGUCUUUUGGGGAGAAGAUUGUUGGGGAGUGUUGGGUGUUGGAUUUGUGA